AUGAAUCUUGAAGAGAUUGAUGAAAUUGAUGAAAAUACUUUACAAGAUCAAAGGAUAGAAAAUGAUGAUGAUAUAUUGAAAGUAUUUCAGAAAGACAAGCAAAAUAAUUUAUCUAAUAUACAACAAAUAAAAAUAGCAGAAAAUGCAUCUAAAAGAUUCUCAAAUAAAACAGAUGAAGAUAUAGAUAAAUUUAUAAAAGAUUACAAAUUUUAUCUUACAGUAGCCAAUAUUAAUACUGACUAG